UUUGUCUGGAAGCAAUUUAAUAUGGACGUCGUAUAGCCAAGUGGAACAGCGAAAUAAAUUGUUAACAGGAAAAACAAUCACUGAUACUGGCAUUUUUGUUCUCUGCUCUGUAAGUAGACGAAGGUAUAAAUAAUACAAUGAAAAUUACGGCCAUGUUGCUAGCUUCAGCGUCUUUGUUAUUGCUUACUGUCGUAAGUGAAGCAAAAUUGAAGUUUUCAGAAGUUAUGGAAAAAGAUUUUACAGUUGGUUGGGAGUUUGAUGGCGAAGAUAUAAUAUUUGAAGUCUCCGCGCCAACUUUGGGAUGGGUCGGAAUUGGAUUUUCAGAGACAAAAACGAUGCAAAAGGCAGAUCUCAUCAUAAUGGGCAUGAAGGAUGGAAAACCGUACGCCUGGGAUGCAUACUCUGAAAUGACGGGAAUGGUGCGAAUAGAUUUCGAUCAAGAUGUGACAAUACUUGACAGCGCUGAAAAUGGAACAACCUACAUGAAAAUUAAACGAUCACUUAAAUCUGAAGAUACAACAAAAGACAACGAUAUACUUAAAGGAGACAAUAACUUCCUUUGGGCUUUUGGUGAUAAAGACAAAACAGAAGAAAUAUUAAGUGAAGAUUAUCAUUGGACGAACAGAGGCUAUCGAUUAUUGAACACUCUUGGAAUAAAACCAGAAACUGAUGCAACCAUGCCCACUACGACGCAACCAACCACCCCCGUAUCGAAAGCAAAUAUUGAUGAAGUGCAUCUUGGUGUAAUCGAUGAGAAUUUUCCCUAUAGUAUUUGGCUCGAUGCUGAAGAAACUGUGCAUUUGAAAUGGAAUUUUGACGAAGAGAAUAUAUCAAUGCAAUUUAUUGCUCCUACGACGGGUUGGAUAGGAAUAGGUUUCUCGCAGACAUCUUCUAUGUCCGGAGCUGAUUUAAUUAUCGCGGGAAAGUUGGACAACGAACCAUACAUAUUGGACUGUCACUCGGAUAAAAAUGGCAUACCUGAUGUUGACGAACAACAAGAUGUCAAAUUGCUUGAAAGUUGGGAGAAUGGAACACACACCAUGGCAACCGUCAUCAGGAAACGAAUCACGUGUGAUGAUGAUGACAAGAUCAUUGGUGAAGGAACUUAUCGAGUAAUUUGGGCGUACGGUGGAAACGAUAUUGUUGGAAUGCAGCCUGUCCGGUCUAAUUAUCACAUGAGAAACAGAGGGGCAAAGAGUUUGAAACUGGUCAACGCUGUUAUACAGAUUGAUAAGAACGACAUUGCCGAGGAGGAAUACAAGCAGUUUGAUAUUCGACCAACAAAUUUUCGAAUUCCGAAUCUUGAUACAUUCUAUCUAUGCAAAUUAUUUAAAAUACCAGAGGAACCGGAAGUUCAUCAUGUAAUUGGGUUUGACAUCGUCAUUACACCAGGAAAUGAAAAGAAUGUUCAUCAUUUAGUGGUGUUUUUAUGUGAAGACUUUAGGGAUCAGUCAAAGCUCGGAAAAGAUGUGGAAUGCUUCUCAGAAAUGAAUCCAUUCUGGGCCGGCUGUUCAAAAAUGUUCGCUGGUUGGGCUGUAGGAAUGUCUAAUUUCCGUUUUCCAAUCGAGGCCGGAUAUCCGAUUGGAGGAAAAGAUGGGCCAAAAUACGUUUUGCUAGAAACCCAUUAUGAUAAUCCAGAUUUGGAGCCUGAUAUUAUCGACAGUUCGGGAGUUCGCUUUUACUACACAGAAAAUCUUCGAAAAUAUGAUGCCGGAUUACUUACAAUAUCACAAUCGAUCCAGGGCAUAUUCGUCCCUCCGAAUGCCGAAAGGUUCAGAAUCAACGGUUAUUGUUCUAACGAAUGCUUUUCACAGGGAUUCGAUGGUACAGACGUUGAAGAAACGACAGUGUUUUCUGUGACACUACACGGCCACCUUACAGCAAAAUCCAUGAAGUUGAGACAUUUCAGAGGCAAAAAGGAAUUGGAGCCUAUUGCAAAAGAUGAUCAUUACGACUUUGAUUAUCAAGAAUCUCAAUUCAUGGAUGUGAAGAUACGUAAAGGCGAUUCUUUCAUAAUGCAGUGUGACUACGACACGAUUGGAAAAACCAAUGUUACCACGGGCGGCUUGGGAACAAGGAACGAAAUGUGUACAUCAUUCGUGUUCCUUUACCCCGCACUAAAACUGGAUUUCUGCGAUUCUCGCGUUCCAGUUAUGGAAACCGAGGAAUCCUUUGUCAGUCUAGUUUGGGGACUUGGAGAGUCCGUAACUAAAGAGGAAGGUGACCGUAUUGCAAAGGAAGCACAAGAGAAGCCGGUUGAAGUUAUGGAUGUUUUGGCUACAAUGGUUUUAAACAAAGUUGAAUGGACCGAUGAGAAAAGAAAAUUCGCGGAGAAGUACAUGGCUGAAUCGAAAAGGAGACCAUUUUGCACAUACAGGCAGAAACUGUUACUGGGUUACAUGCAAGACAUCGUGGUUCCAAAGUAUGAACCAUUUAAAGAGAAGAAUGUGUGUUCACUCAGGGAAGAAGACUCAAAUACUGGAACAUCAAUUAAAAUUGAGUCAACAUCAGAAGAGGUUGAUUCGCCUGCUAUGCUUGUCGUUAUGGCUGCCGCUCUUAUUCUUGUUAUAUUAAUUGCCGCGAAACUUUCUCUUUAAACGUGGCGUAUAGCAUGCUUUAGUCGAAUUAUUUGUGAAACUCACUGGCAUAUCAUGUCAUAUGUUAAUGGAAUAUAAUGUAUUCAAGCUCUCUUGACUAUAACCUUGUCAAUUUCCCGCACAAUAAUGAAAUAAAAAUCGCGUCCCUUUUUUGAUAUGAAAUGAAGAAAUCCGGACAUAGUCAUUCCACUCGCUUUUUUAUUACGAUUAUUAUUGUCUUUAAUUCUGAAUAAAGGAGUUAUAACAAUAUAUAUAUAUAUAUAAGAAUUUCUGUACAUACACCAUA